AUGACGAACCUCUCCGCCGCGACCGUGACCAACCCUACCAACCUCCCACCGCGCUAUGAGAUCCGAAGACUGACGGACGAGCACAUCGAAUGGGCCAAGGCGCUGGUCGUGCACACGAACCUAUUCUACUCGCCCGUGUGGCCGGUGUGCUACCCGGACGCCAAGACGGAGCGGCUGUACCGCAGCUACCACGCGGCCGACUACCUGGUGCGGCACCAGAUCGGGUCGGGCCACAGCUUCGGCGUCUUCGACCUCGAGUACCGGUUCAGGCGGGAGGAGUCCAAGCCCACGGGGGGCAAACUGUACUGGGAGCUCAAGGACACGACACUCGACGCGGACCAGCUAGCGGAGCAGAUGGACUUCCCGCUCGUCAGCAUCGCCUUGGCGUACGACGGCUUCCACCCCCUGGACGGGGAGCAGAUCGGGCCUCUGAUCGCCUGUCUCCCCCUCUUCGGGACCUUCUACCACGUCCUCGAGGUCCGCGACCCUCGCGACCCGACCAGCUGGCAGCCCACGGGCGAGAAGCAGGUUCUCAUGCGCAACGCGACGUGCACUCGCCACGACGCCGAGGGGAAAGGACUGAUGAAGGCCCUCGCGCAGUUCUUGAUGCGCUAUGCCGCCGAGCAAGGCUUCCGGGGCAUCCAGAUCGAAUGUUUCGCCGACGCCGUCACAAAGGUCUGGUCGCAGCCCCCUCCUCCCUUCAAGGGGACCAUCGUCAGCGAAUUCAACACUUACGACUACGAGGAAGAGGUCGAGGACGAGGCCGGUGUCAAAAAGACCAUCAAGCCGUAUGGCGACCUCAAACAGAGAGCAACAAAGGUCUAUUGCGACCUUAAGCCGUAA